UAUUCACAUUAUUUUCAACUGGAGAGCAGAGGGAAAAACAGCAUUUGGGUAACAUAGCAGACUGUGUCCCGGUUCAAUACUUUCUACGCCGGACAACAGCAACAGCAAUCUGCUGACAUUUACACACUCCGUUUCUGGCUGUUAUUGUGUUGAAGUGUGGAGACGUUUUUAAAAAAAUGUUUUAUUGUGAAGUUCUACUUUCCAAGAGACCGGAAACUGCGGUGUCGCAAUUGGGUGAAACUAACUUUCACUCUUCACAAUUCUUGUGAAGUGUGUGCAGACGCACCUGUCGCAGGUACCGCGGGGAGUUUUGUUUUUAAAAGUUUUAUGGUUUUACCUUUUCGACUCUACAUUUCGGGAAUGACAACACCUUACGUCGACCAGAAAAGUGACCGUAUAAGUCACAUGGCGGCCGCAUACCUGUGAGUUACAUGCUGUCGUAAAAAUGGUUCGUCGCUUCUUCCUGGCCUGGUGUGUCCUCACGUCCUGCAUAGUUUCUGGACAGCCUACAUAUGUCCUCCAAGGGCAGACCUUCCAACUGCGACCAGACAUCACUCGACAACCCGAUGAAAUUCUGUGGAAACACAAUGGCAACAAAGUGGUGGAAUUUAAUGGCAAGGAAGAGGACGUGUACGGCCAAUAUCAACACAGAGUCACUCUCGACUGGGUCACUGCAGAACUAGAUAUCAUAGACGUCAGAUCUGAAGAUAGUGGAGAAUAUGAAUUGGAAGCGUAUAGGGAGAACCUGCUGUAUAAUUUUCACUAUGAAUUACAGGUGAUAGGCAGGGUUGCCAAGCCUACCAUUUCCUGUAACAUGAGUAGUGGCAGCUCUAAUACACAUGGGACCCAGGCAACGCUGACAUGCUCCGCAGAACCCACACACCCUCAGUCUGUACUGAAGUAUGAGUGGCAAUCACGUGGAAAUGUGCUGCUGGGCCCAAAGUUAACAAUAAACUUGGAGGAUGAAGAUGCUGAUCAAAUACAUACUUGCGUGGUGAGCAACCCUCUGACAAAUGAAAAGGCUACAUUCACAUCAAAGAGCUGCUACUCUGAUUCACCUGUAGCCCUGGUUGCCAGCCUUGUCACUAUCUUUAUUGUGCUCAUAUGUGUGGCGUUGGCCAUAGUGUUCUGCAAACUAAAGAGAAAAGCUUGUUUUGCUAAACAAAACAAAGAUGAGGAGCAGAGGUCGCCAGCAGAAUCAAAGCAUCUGUUGGACCAAGCAUCCACACUCCCCUCUCAUCAACGACUUGACCGUUUCCAAGGUGACGGUAAUAUGGAAGCUGGUGUUACCAGUCACAAUAAAGACAAGGACAAUGGACACAGACAUGGAGAAGAUCAUGACACAGAUUUACAAGAUGAGAAACCAAAAAAAGGUCAUGUCAAAGGACUCAUAGAUAUAUUUUCUCCAAAGAGUAAUGGACAAUCUUCACCUCCAGACACACAGAGAGAUCAUAACACAGAUUUACAAGAUGAGACACCAAAAAAAGGUCAUGUCAAGGGAAGCGUAGCUAUAAUUACUCCAAAGAGUUAUGGACAAUCUUCACCUCCAGACACACUGAGAGAUUUAGAGAAGAACGCAGACCAGGAUGAGGGAGCUAUAUCUUCUCCAUCCCCUCUUGGUAGAAAGCUGUCGUUUUGUCUGGAUCAGGACAGUCCCAUCAGCAAAGACAAAGUAGAUGUCGAUGAAGAUCAGUUGGGAAGAAAUUUAGGGAACGAGAUGGAACCCGACCCACCUGGUGAGUUGGACAUCACUAAAGACACACAGUCUGAUGUGGAACCAUUUCUUGAACAGCCAGAAUCAAAGCAUCUGUUGGACCAAGCAUCCACACUCCCCUCUCAUCAACCACUUGACCGUUUCCAAGGUGACGGUAAUAUGGAAGCUGGUGUUACCAGUCACAAUAAAGACAAGGACAAUGGACACAGACAUGGAGAAGAUCAUAACACGGAUUUACAAGAUGAGAAACCAAAAAAAGAUUUAGAGAAGAACACAGACCAGGAUCUUGAACAGCCAGAAUCGGAGAAAAAGGAAGAUGAAAAUGAAGAGGCAGAGUCUCCUCCUGCCAAUGGCAAUUCUCCUCCCACUGCUGAUAAGUGUCCACCUUUGACCCAAAGCUCUCCAGAUAUGAGAACUAGGGAAGGUGCCAACUCAGACCAGGUUAAUGAAGAAACUUCAGAGGAAAAUGUCAGAGAGUCUCACUCAACAGGCUCGGUGAAGAAGCAGACAUCAUCAAGAGGAUCAGAAACUGCUUUACAUGCACAAGACCCAAACUUGUCUCAGGUUGAAAUGCACACAAGUAAAGACGACCAGCGAGAAUUGGACAAAACACUUUCUAAAGAUGAAAGUGAAUCAGAUCUUAAAAGUAAUCUGAAGUUGGAAGAAAUGGAAUCAGAUGAGGAGGAUCUGUAUUUAGACACCUCUCAGCCACCUCAUCAGAGCCCCACACAAACAGAACCAGAUGACUCUGAAAGUGAUGACUCUGAAGAGUGUCUGAACACUGAGGCCCAUGCAGAUCCAGAGCAAGAACCAGAAACUAUGAGAAGGCCCAAGUCGGAGGAAUCCGAGGAACAAUCAGCCUGCGGCACAGCAGAUUCAGAAGAGGGUGAGGGUGAAGGUGAAGGUACACCUGAGGAAAACAAAAAGGACCAGUGUGGCCCAAAGGAAGAAAAGACAGACAGCCUCAACGUGAGUGAGGAUAAAGAGAGAGAAAUGAAAACUGAAAAUGACAACAAGAAAAAAAAUGAUGUCAAAGUUGGCAUUGAAGAAGAGCCUCAGGCAGACAUUCAAAUGAAAAAAGGAGGGACAAGGUUGACUGAAAACUGAUUCAAAUCAGUAACAGUUGUUGGUACCAUACAAAAUCCACUGAUGAUAUAACGUUUAGAUUCUGAGCAUUCAGAGGAAAACCAAAGUAACAGAGGAAAGAAAUGUUUUUUUAUACAGUUGCCUUCUAUUUUAUUUUUGUAAUUUCCACCAUGUCUCUAGAUUCCAAAGAACAAACACACCUCUGCAUUAAGCCUCCUCGCAGAUAAUGUAAAGGACAACAAAUAGCAACUCUGAGGUUGAAGGCACAAACACAGGGACAGGACUGUUCUGAGGCACAGGUCUGAGGAAGGCAACACAAGUUUUAUCAUACCAUUUUAUUCUUGUAAAAAAAUGUAAUGUUUUUAAACACUAUCUACUGAUCUUUUGAUCUGAUAAUAUAUAAGGGCUGGGUGUGUUUGUCAGCACUGAUUAUUAUUAUUAAUUGUUUGUCAUUUUGAUUCAAAACUGUGCAGCUAUAGUUUCUAUUAAGAAACCACAUACACAAAUAUACUGCUGUCUUUUUUUGACAGCCUAAGGAGAGGUAAUGUGUAGAUUUGCAUAACACUGACAAUCUAUAACUGACACAGACAAAAGAACACUCAUUGCUCAUGUAUUUGUCAUAAUAUUUUUAUGUCAAUAGGGGGCAGUGUUUGUCAGUCUUUAUAUCCACUCACUCCACGCAGAUUUUUAUGGCUAUUAGUCCUUUUUAGCUCCUUCAUCUGUUGCAGUUGAGGGACAUUCUAGGUUGUAAAGGCAGAGUUAACAAAUACAAAGUAGAAAAUAUAAUUCUGAAGUGUCGGUCUACAGGAAUUUACUGCUAAAGCAAUGGUGCAAUGAUGUUUGUUAUUUGUUUCUUGUAUUCGGGACAGCGUGUUUUAUGUACAAUCAUUUUAUAAGGAAUGUUUCAUUUGGAAAUCAUUCAAGGAAACAAUUAAGAAAAGCUUGUUUUAAUAAAAGUUGUCUUAUUGGACACAGCAU